GGACCCGCCUGACGUCGGCGGCCGCGGGGAUAAGAGGCGCCCCGAGGUCCGAGGCCGGACUCUGCCGGCGCGCACUCCAGGCAACCGCGGGCUCCCAGCUCGGAGCUGCCGAGGCACGGCGUCCGCUUCCCCGCGCGUCCAGUGCGCUCCGCCGGCCCGGGCGCCGCCGGGCAUGGAGUAGCGAGCGGGGCGCGCGGACGGACGCCGGGACAGACGCCAGAGGACGCCCGCGGCUGCGGGGCGCGGGGACAGCGAGCCGAGCUCCGGGCGCGCGUCGGAUCCGCCCCGCCUGGCCGAGCGCAGGAUGCGCGGACCCGGGCGCCCCCUCCUCCUGGGGCUGCUGCUCGUGCUGGGGGCGGCGGGGCCCGGCCGGGGGCUCGCGGAGACGCGGGAGGCGGCAGACAGGCAGACGCUGCUGCAGCUCAUCGUGGAGAUCGUCCAGGAGCUCAGGAAGUACCACUCGGGAGAGUCCAAGAGGCUGCAGCUCUCGGGCCGGCAGGACUACAGCCUGGGCCGCAGGGCGGUCUCGGACUACGGGGCUUACCCGGAGGAGCAGAGAGUGGAAAUUGUUCCUCGAGAUCUAAGGAUGAAAGACAAGUUUCUGAAACAUCUUACAGGUCCUCUUUAUUUCAGCCCAAAGUGCAGCAAACACUUCCACAGACUUUACCACAACACCCGAGACUGCACCAUCCCCGCCUACUAUAAGAGAUGCGCCCGGCUUCUUACCCGGCUGGCUGUCAGUCCGACGUGCAUGGAGGGAUAAGUGAGCAGAGAGCACCGUGCAGGAGCAACGGCCCAGGAACCACGAGAAGUGCCUUGGAGACCAAAGGACAGAACCCACUGCCUUCUGGACACACCCCGUGAACAGAGCUUUAUUUUUGCAGACAGACUCUUCCAUAAUUCCUUUACCUUGAGUUUUGUGUGCUGACACCGUCUGUGGACACAGAGUCAGUAAAUGGGUGUGCCUGACAGUAACGCUUGCCACUGGUCAUUUUAGAAAACCGGAGAAUGCUCCACAUUUGAUGUGUCAUGCUGUGAAAUGGCAGAGAUAUCUCAUUUUCCUGAUUAGGUGACAUCACAAAUAUUUCUUUAGAAGCAUAAGCAGAAUCAGCAGAAUCUAAAACUAUAUUUUCAUAUAGCAUAUGGUAUUAUUUAAUAUUUUAUUACUUUUACAAUUAAAUUCCCAGAGUAUCAUUUGGAAUUGCAUGAAAAAUUAAAAAAAAAAAAAAAGAGAGAGAGAGAAAAGAACUUCAGUUGUGGAGACAUUGGAGUGUAAAUCUGUGUACAUGCUCAGGCUAAUUUCAUUUGUCCUUUGUAUAAUAAAUGUAAAAUAGUAUCCAGAUACUGUGCAAUAUGUAAAUACUGUAAAUAAAACGCAAGUAAUAAAUGAAGUGUUUGUUAUAAUGAAGUCUUCAAAGCGACUCUUUACUUCUGAACAAGUUCAUCGUUGGGAAUUCAUGAUUUACAGAUCUUUUGAAAAGACUGAAAUACUGGCAGGAUAUCACAGAAUAUAAAAGGCAUAAAUAAAUAAAACGAGAAAGCUAUGAAUUCUUGUAAAGGACAUCAGCAUUUUUUAAAGAGAGUGGCACUAUAUAUUGGCGACAUAUUUCUUAACGUACGUGAUUUGGUAGCGAAUAUUUCAAAUAA